ACAGGGUAUAUGAAGCUCACAAGCCCAGGCUCUGGAAGUGUGUCCUAGGUCCUGGGAGCAACCACUGAGCCCAGUCAGCCAUGAAGCUCAUCACUGCCAUCCUGGUGAUCUGUGUGGCCCUGCUCAGCCAUUCCGCUGCAGCUUUCUUGAGGAACAAGCCAAGGGUCCCCCAUAUGGAUGCCCUUGCCCCUGCUGUGGAUGCCACCACUGGGGUCGUGGCCAACCCCCUUUCCAAAAGCUUCAAUCCCCUGAAGUUCAUGCUCGCCAGCCUGGGAAUCCUGGUGGACCAUCUCAUGGAGGGCUCCAGGAAGUGUGUGGCUGAGCUGGGCCCUGAGGCCAUGGGGGCCCUGAAGGCUCUGCUGGCCCUGACAUUCUUUGGCUGAGCUCAGGCUGGAAUAUCCCUGCCUGGGGACACAAUGCUGCCACCUGCAGGCUGGGUACCUGCUGCCCGGCCCUGACUGUUCGUACCCUUCCCCUAUUCUCUCAAUAAACAUGGAAAAGAGCAGCUCUGGGGUUUUUCU